UUGAAAUGGCUCUUCGAGUUCAAUGUGCUAAAGACCAUUCCCAUGAACGGUCCUAUUGCCCUCCCCGAGCUCUCUGCACAAUGCAAUGUCCCUCUCCAACAGCUCAUGGUCGUAAGCAGUAUUGUCAUCGCAUGUGGCUUACUCCGGCGUGGUAACGAGUCAAACACUGUAUCGCAUUCGUUUUUCUCCUACCAUAUAACUACCAACCCCAACUGGAAUAAGUCCGUUAAUAUGGUCAUGGAUCUCUACAUGCCGAUCGCCGCCAAGCUCCCGGAGCUCACUACCAAGUAUGGUGGAACAGAUAAACUCACUGAGACAGCGUUUGGGCUAGCGUACAAGACAGACAUGCCAUUUUUCGAAUACAUCUCCGCCGACCCAGUUCGAAUUAGGGAUUUCUCAGUCGCAAUGCAGAACAUCGCCACAUCCGAUAUCCAAAAGGCGGAACAUCUACUAAAGAUGUACGACUGGUCAUCAAUUGGAGCUGCAACAGUCGUCGACGUCGGCGGAUCCUCCGGUCAUGCGUCGAUUUUGUUGCUGAAGCAUUUCCCCGAACUUCGCGUGGUAGUACAGGAUCUCCCUGAUGUGGUCGAGAAAGUGAAAGAGGAACAGCGCAUCACCAACCUUCCGACAGAGGUCCGCAGCCGGCUAGAGUUCAUGGCUCAAGAUUACUUUGAGGAGCAGCGUGUCCAAGCAGAUGUCUAUCUGAUUCGUCAGUGUUUACACAACCAUGCAGACAAGACGGCCGCAAAACUUUUAGCGCAGAUCGUGCCAGCGAUGAAGAAAGGGGCGAGGAUUCUGAUUGUUGAGCGACUGUUGCCAGGGGAGGGGGUUGAGUUAACGGUGGAAGAAGAGAUUCAUGUUACAGCUCUCAGCAUGCUUAUGAUGGAGAUGUUCAACGCUAGAGAGCGAGGUGUUGCCGACUGGAGAGAGGUGCUGAGAGUGGCAGAUUCGCGGCUGAAGAUUCGAUCCGUCAACAAGCCUGUUGGAAGCAUAUUUGGGGGCGUUGAAGUCGUGCUGGAGGAGUGA